UCUAUCAUUGAAACUUUGUUGUUACACCAUUGUACUGACUGUAAUAUCUUUUACAACUUUAUUUUAGUUGUUCUUCCCUUUUCCGUUAUUCAUUUUUCCAUACUCACAAAAUGAGGGCUCAUCAGCUGUUCAUAAUCACUUUUGCUGUGGUGCUGCUCUCCAUAAUCCAUCUUGUUCAAUCUAUGUCAGUUGUCAUUGGGCCAAAGACUGCUGAUUGCUACUUCGAAAAACUGACUGAAGGCGAAAAGUUGACAGUCUCUUAUCAGGUUGGUGAAGGAGGAAAUCUAGAUAUUGACUUUUGGAUACAUGAUCCUACCGACGCUAUUGUGGUUUCCACUACACGAACGUCUUCCAAUACUCAUUCAUUGCAAGCAAAUAUGGAUGGUAAAUAUCGCUAUUGUUUUGGUAAUGAAUUCUCCGGCCAUUCCAAGAAAGUAGGGUUCAAUCUGCAUGAAAAUAUCCAAAAGAUUCACGACAAUAUCAAAGAGCAUACUGAUCCAUUGGAAAGAGAAAUUGCAGAAUUGGCCGAAAGUAUUUUCGCAAUAAAAGCACAGCAAGAAUAUAUUGUCGUUCGAGAACGUCAACAUAGAGAUACUGCCGAAAGUACAAACGCUCGCGUAAAAUGGUGGUCUAUAGGUCAGCUGGUGUUAUUAAGUUUCGUAUGUCUCUGGCAAGUAUAUUAUCUUAAGCGGUUUUUCGAGGUGAAAAGAGCAGUUUAGAGUGCACAUCACGUCAGUAGAAGUAGACAAACUCAGUUAAUGCUGGUAAGCUUCUCAAUCUGAUCGAAAGGAUCUGCUUACUUACUGCAGACAAACUAUCAAGUAGCCUGAUUCUUCGAGGAACUGGAAGUAUCCAUUUAGCGAUGGUGACAUCUAUUGUAUAUUUCGGCCUAACAAAUUAUCUUGAGCGUUUGUUACAGGCAUUCUAGCUUCUAUUUCAUAAAAUACAAUUUGAAUACAACAAAACUCACCGUUUUUGCUAUCGACACGACUGUCGCAUAAUUCAUAUUAAUACUUCAU